CUUGGUGCUGAAUUGGGGAAGUCUGUUGUAUACCAAGAGACCAAUGGAGAAACAAGAGUUGAAAUCAAAGAAUCCGUCCGUGGCCAAGACAUUUUCAUUAUCCAGACAAUACCCAGAGAUGUGAACACAGCCGUGAUGGAGUUGCUGAUCAUGGCCUAUGCGCUGAAGACGGCCUGUGCCAGGAAUAUCAUUGGCGUCAUCCCCUACUUCCCCUACAGCAAGCAGAGCAAAAUGAGGAAGAGGGGCUCCAUUGUGUGCAAGCUCCUGGCAUCCAUGCUGGCAAAAGCCGGUUUAACUCACAUUAUCACUAUGGAUCUUCACCAAAAGGAAAUACAAGGCUUUUUCAGCUUUCCCGUGGACAACCUUAGAGCCUCACCUUUCCUGCUUCAGUAUAUCCAGGAAGAAAUUCCAAACUACAGAAAUGCAGUCAUUGUGGCUAAGUCUCCUGAUGCUGCAAAAAGGGCCCAGUCCUACGCUGAGAGGCUGCGCCUGGGGUUGGCAGUGAUCCACGGGGAGGCGCAGUGCACUGAGCUGGACAUGGAUGACGGGCGGCAUUCCCCUCCGAUGGUCAAGAACGCCACAGUGCACCCCGGCCUGGAGCUGCCUUUGAUGAUGGCCAAAGAGAAGCCGCCGAUCACAGUGGUGGGAGAUGUCGGGGGGCGCAUCGCCAUCAUUGUGGAUGAUAUUAUUGACGACGUGGAGAGUUUUGUUGCUGCUGCCGAGAUCCUGAAGGAGAGAGGAGCUUACAAGAUCUACGUUAUGGCCACGCAUGGCAUUCUGUCCGCCGAUGCCCCCCGCCUGAUUGAGGAGUCCUCCAUUGAUGAGGUGGUGGUGACAAAUACGGUCCCUCACGAGGUCCAGAAGCUGCAGUGCCCCAAGAUAAAGACUGUGGACAUCAGUCUGAUUCUUUCUGAAGCCAUUCGGAGAAUCCACAAUGGGGAGUCCAUGGCAUACCUCUUCCGGAACAUCACAGUGGAUGACUAGCCCAUGGGUGCCUCCACCCUGGAACUACAGAGGACAGCACUACAGAAGAGCGCUGUGGUUACGUGCAGUGUGUCCUGGCAGGGGAGGAUGGAGCGGUCUCUCACCCAGACUGCUUGGGGAGGAGGCACUAAGAUGGGCAAGGAGCUCUCGAGGGGAUAAGGAAGAGGCCUUCACUGUCCACCCUGUACCUUAGCAGAACUUGCAGAAGUUCUCCUGGAUAGAAGCAAAAACUCUAGUUGAUAAUGAAUAUAUAAUAUGAAUAUAUAGGGCUUUAUUAUUUCAUCCCAGUGUUUCAGCUCUGGGUGUCACGUUGAACUUGAUCAGGGAAUAGAAUGGCCCUGGAAUUGGUUCUGUCUAGUUGUCCUCUCCCUAGUUAAGCUUAUAGAAGUUUUAUAUAGAGAAUCUUUUUUUUUUUUUUUAGAAACUACUGUGCCAUCUGGGCAGGGUAGCACUGCCUGUAACCGCAGCCUUUGGGAGGUUGAGGUAGGAGGGUCGCAAGUUUGAGCCAGCUUGGGCUGCAAAGCAAGUCCAGGCCAGCCCAGGCUGCAUAGUUAGACACUGCCUCAAAAAAGAAAGAACAAAACAAGCUAACAGAAAUUGCUGUGCCUACUGCCAUCAAACAAACAUUGGUGUCCCUGCCCCUCUUGAGGUUUCAGUUAGAGAAUAGAUCCUAUUUCUGGGUAACUGCAUUGCUCUGAAAUUGCAAAUAAAAUAACUUUUUUGUC